UUCCUCAACACUAUGCCGCUCGUCAAUCUCUGCGGUCUUCCCUGCAGUGGCAAGACCACUCGUGCACACCAACUGAAAGUCGAACUAGAACAGUACAUUUGUGACAAUGCGCAAAACCUGGCGGAAAGAAAUAUUGUUCUCCGACCACAAGUCAUUAUCGUUAAUGAUGAAUCUCUAAGGAUCAACAAGCGGGAAGCUUAUGCGAGCCCACAUGAAGAGAAGAAGGCCCGCGGAGCUCUCAUAUCUGCCAUUGAACGACACCUUUCACGAGAAGACCUUGUAAUUUGCGAUGCAAUGAACUAUAUCAAAGGCUUCCGAUAUCAACUAUAUUGUAUUGCUCGUGCAUUGGGAACACCCCACUGCUCGAUUCAUUGCGGUGUCUCCCCUUCCACAGCAGAGAUCUGGAACGCUGCCCGUGAUCCCUCCACUGCGUAUGAAACAACAACUCUACAGGAUCUUUGUACGAGAUUCGAGGAACCUGACGCACGAAACCGCUGGGAUGCACCUCUGUUUACCCUCAUACCAUCCGAUCCACUUCCUAUAGCAGAUAUUGCAUCAGCUGUUAUCCUCCGUCGUCCACCACCGCCUAACCUUUCAACCGUCGUGAAACCCCUCACGGAGACGAAUUACCUCCACGAAAUGGAUCGGACAACACAGGAGAUUGUGGAUACGAUUCUGGCAGCGCAAAAGGAGGGUAUCACUGGGGACACGAAGGUUCCAAAAGCGAAAGUUAAUUUAAAAUUACCGCCAAGAGUGAUUACACUGUCCGAGUUGCGGAGACUGAGACGACAAUAUACGAAUCUGAAUAAAUUGCAUACGCAAUUGGACAUGGGAAGGGUUGCAGAUGGGUUUGUAGAGUAUCUGAACACAAAUAUUGGAUGACACCUGCUGUCACUUUCAUAAAUAUCUUUGUACAUAUGCUACUUAAUUAGAAAUGAGGAAGACGGCGAUGCAUUAUUUCAACCUCAG